ACCGUCCAUCAAUGCUAUCGGAGGUAAGCUUCGUACUGCCUGAACGUUCACACGGUCUGGGCCGCAGCGGGUCGCUAACAGGCACACAGAUGUUGGUGCAGAUGAGACCAUCACAAUGGACUUGCGGGGCACCCGCUUCGUGCUGUCCCGGGAUGAGCUCCUGACGUUGCCUGAAUUUGUCCUCCUGUCACUCUUCCCCAAUGGGCUAUUCCCAGAAGGCCACAUGGGCGGCUUCGCCGACGGUGACGCGGUUCAAGUUGAUUAUGACCCUGCAUCCCUCCAAUACAUGCUAGACUUCUUCCGCAACGUCGCCCAAUCUAUCCCCACUGAAACUUCCCCUAAUUCCUCUCCCGAUGGAGGAGUUGCGCCGAUUGAUUCUCUCGGAGGAAGAGACGAUACCAGCAAGCGUGCGGGAAUCAUUGUCCUUAGAGAAGAUCUUGAUUUCUACGUCAUCCCACCUCGGGCAGAUAUUGAGCACAAGGAGAUGAUCGAGGUCAAGAGAGCCGCCGCAAGGGCUCUUCUGAGGCAAGACGGCAUCUUCUCCGGGCUCAAGAGGAGUGACGAGCCAGGUACCACCGAAGCCCAUCUGAUUGAGAUGCUCACGGCUGGCGGUUUCAACCACGAUGACAGAUGGGGCCACCGAGCUGGAGAGCCCAACAAAGCUGUCGUAUGCAGUCUUGCUCUCGCCAGGUUACGCAGCGACAUCCGUGGUAACGACAUUGGUAACAAUGCGGUCGGCAUGGCCCAAAAGCUGCUUCUUUUCUGGCGAAAACCAGCCCGCCGUUGCUGGUGGGAAGGAGUCGACCUGGCAGACGUGGAAGGCAUUGAUGGCACAUUGAAGGUCUGGAUUCGCAGAGUGUGGACGCUCGAGAUGAGUGUCAUCGGACUGCGCUGAUGGCUGGGUGGAACGGCGGUAAGGAAAACAUCGUGAUGAUUGCUAUUAAUUUGUUCAGCGGCACAAGAUUCGCCGUCCAGCUCAGGACAGGCUUUGCUUGCGUUUGGGAUUCCCAUUUGUUAAUACUUGAGUUUCGCUUUUGGAGAUACACUAGGCGAACGUUUUAAAUUUCUUGUUUGUCUAUACCAUUUCCUUGUCACGAGAUGCACUUUGCUCUUCGAGAUGUGCACCGACCCAUUACGUACCAAGACGAACUGAAGGCAUAUCGUGGUCUGUGGUAGUCCAAAACAAUGCUCCAGCACCUCCCUUUCCAUGACGACUUUCAAAGAUCAUCGCAGCCACUAAAACGGCCCCGGCGAUGCGGGAUGAUGUACCCCCCACACCCGCCAGUAUCGCAGCUGCACUA